AGUGAUUUUCGUCUAAGAAAACCUCCUACUACAGGACAUGAAUAUAAGGAAAUAGACAUAUUCAAAUGGAUAGAGUGUUUUUGAAUUAUAAAUAUGGGAUAAUUGUGGUUAAGAAAGAUUCAAUGCUCUGAGUAAAAUGUAUGUAAGAGGGGCAAGGGUAUUUUAAAUAAAUACAAACAAUUUGUUAAAUAGUGUGCGACAUCAAAGAUCCUAAUUCUUUAGAGGAAACUUUAAAAUGGAAGAAAAGGAUAUAGGAAAAUAGAGAUUAAAAUAAUAUUAUAUUCAUGCUGAUUCAGAAUAAGUGUGAAUUGGUGAGUGAUGAUGAAAAGACUACUUUUUAUCAGAAUUUAUAGGCUUUUGCAUAAGAAAUAAUUUUGUCUCUUGCAUUCAAACUAGUGCUAAGGAAGGUACGGGAAUCAAGGUAGAGCAGCGUAUUAGAUUUAUAGGAACUAUUCACAAUUUUAGUUUUAGAAAUCAUUUACUAAGGAGUGCUUGUAAAACAACAGAAGAUUUUCAGUUAAAGUACAAAUGUACAAUUAAAGGCUGCUCAAAAUUCAAUAGAAUCUAUAGUUUUGCUGUUGAUUGAAUAUUAAUAUAUAUAUAAUAUAUUUUAUAUUUUACAUUGUCUUUUUAAAAAGAUUAAAAGGAUUUUUAAAUAAUAAAAAAAAUUUGUUUUAUUAAAGAUGGUAUAUAUAGCAUUCAAUUUCUAUCUAGGUACUAGCAAAGUUCGUUGAAGUUGGAAGAGUUGUCAAAAUCAAUUAUGGUCCUUAAGAAGGCAAAUUGGCAACAAUUGUUGAAAUCCUUAAUGAUAAGAGAGUCCUCAUCGAUGGACCAACAACUGGAAUUUAGAGAUAAGUCAUCCCAAUCAGAAGAUUGACACUUACCAAAUUCAAUCUUAAAGGUGCAACAAGAGGAGCCAGAACUGGUGUCAUUACCAAGGCAAUUAAAAAAUCUGAUCCAUUUGCACAAUACGCUCAAACCGUUGCUGCCAAGAAGGUUGCUAAGAAAGCACUCAGAGCUAAAUUAAACGAUUUUGAUAGAUUCAGAGUCAUGAUUCUUAGAAAGAGAGUAAUGCUAUCAAUAAAUCAUUUAUUAGAGAAGUGCCCUCCUCAGCACCUAACUCAAAUCUUUGAAAAAGAACACUGGUGGAAAGGCCUAAACUCAAGCUAAAGGUGGAAAUAAGAAGAAAUGAUCAGCUUAUUAUAAAAUAAGUAUAUUAAUACAUUUGAAUUACAAUAACCUGCAU